CCUACCGCUACUCUAAGCCUUGUUAAGCGAUUUCCACAAUAGCAGAUCGUCAGGAAUAGCGCUCUUCAAAUGAUGGAGACGGAUCACAAAAUUAAGAAUGAGGACAAAGUAGAUGAGAAAAGAAAACUUGAUGAAGACUACGUGUAUGGUCGAUGGGGUUCAUACCAAACUCUCCAAUUUGCGUUUCUGCUUUUCCAUCUUUGGCAAGCAGGUUUCCAGCUCUUAAUUGGUGUUUUUAUCGCCUACAGACCAGGAUUCGAGUGUGCAGCGCCUACCAAUGUUAAUCAUUCGAUGUACAAUGAGUCUAACUAUGUCAUCUACGAAAAAUGUCAAAUCAAAUUAUACAACAACGACACCAAUGGCCUUGAGCUCAAGUCCGUCCAAGGUUGUACAAAUGGAUAUAAAUAUUUGUUGGAUAAAGAGAGUACCAUUGUCACUGAGUUUGAUUUGAUAUGCGAUAAAUCCAGUCUGGCGGAACUCAUACAGACACUGGUUAUGGCUGGUCAGCUGGUUGGAGCAGCCUUUGCCUCUUCUCUCAGUGACAGACUUGGCAGGAAAACAGUACAUCUUUGUUCUAACCUGAUGAUCUUGAUUCUUGGAAUUAGUGUCGCUUUUGCUCCAAAUUAUACGACACUGGCAAUAAUGAAGUUCAUUUUAGGUGUUUUUCAACAGGGAAUUGUAAUGUCCGGUUCGGUAUUUGCAUUAGAACUUUUCCCACAAAAGAUCCGCUUCAUAUGUGAGCUCAGUGGGUCUUUUGUCUGGACAACAGGCCUACUCGUCUUCUCCGCCUUAGCAUACCUGCUUCAAAACUACUCGUGGAGAUACUUGCAGAUUACUUUAAGUUGUUUCUCAUUCCUAAGUUUAAUUCAAUAUUGGGUCCAAGACGAAUCAUUAAGAUGGCUGAUUGCCAACGGAAAAACAAAUGAAGUCGACAAAAUACUACACAAAGUAGCAAAGUGGAACAAAUUGAAUUAUGGAGAAUUAAAGAAAAACGUCACCAGGAAAAUAAAACUUUCCAAAACAAAAAAACCUGAUGUGGAGGAAUCUCUUUUGGAAAAUGUUGACAAAUCCCUCACUGUUGAGAAAUAUUCGAUACUGACUAUCCUACAGAACAAAUCUGUUUUGCUUAUAACGAUGCUGAUGUGUUUUACAUGGGUAACUAAUACGCUGACCUACUUUGGCCUGACAUUGACUUCCACAUCCUUAGCGGGGAAUCGUUUCCUUAAUUUUUUCUUCAUGGCCUGUGUGGAAUACAUAUCUCUCGCAUUAGAGUUCUUCAUGCUGAAAAGGUUUGGAAGGCGAACCGCUACAAUAUUUUUCCAUACCAUCACAGGGUCAUCUUUGGCACUUGCGACUCUGUUGAAUUACUUUUCAGGAGGAAAUGAAACUCUUAAAAUGCUCUCCAUAAUAGCAACGUUUGCAGGGAAAAUGUCGGUUACCGGAUCGUUCAGUGUAUUGUUUUUAUUUACACCUGAACUCUAUCCCACAAAUCUAAGAAAUGUCGGAAUCGGAAUGUGCUCGACAUUCUCAAGAAUUGGUGCCAUGAUAUCUCCAUUUGCUGGACUAUUGGCUUUACAUAUCCCUUGGGCUCCUGGGACUAUAUUCGCAAGUAUGUGUUUUAUCGUCACGGUCAUAGCAUUGUAUCUACCGGAGACUCGUGGAAUGGAUCUUCUACAAACAUUAGAUGAAGUCAAAGUAUGGUAUGCUGAACACAGCGGAUUUCGACUGAAGAAAGGUCGAACGAAAAAUAAUCUAGAAUCUGAAAUAGAAAAAGUGUACACAAGAGAGUCAAAAAAUUAAAAUAUAAUACUUGCACGAGUGAA